AUGAUGUUCAAAUUGUCCGUCUUGCUGGCAUGCCUUAACUUCUGGCUGGUGUCGUCCAUGACCUCCACUGGACGCGCUGGCCAUGGUCUGGUAGGAUAUGGCAUCACCAUGUACAACCCGCCGUGUGCAUUCGCCUGUCGAUCUGCUAUCUCUUCUAGCCCCCUCAACUGCACAGAAUCCAGUCUGGAUAUGCCUGGUCACUCGAUGAUGGCGAUGGGCAGUGGGGAAACUACGCCUGAGUGUUACGCUACUGAUGAUGUGUUUCUGCAGACGCUGGCGUGGUGCGUUUCCUCUUACUGCAAAGAUAUCCCAACCUGGAAGCUUGAGAAGUACUGGAAGAUGAACGUGGCUGGAAUCGCAGCAGUGCAGCCAGACGCCAAAGAAUCAUAUCAGCAGGCGCUGGCGAAGGUUAGCUCGGUACCGACUGAGACUCUCGUGAGCGGCGAUCCGUUGAAUAAGACUAGCCUCGUGUCCAACGAUGACUAUAUGACCAACUGGAAUGCCAUGAUUGCAUUCGAGGGUGUCGAAGGCUCGCAUGAAAAAUAUGGUCUUGUCCUCCUCCUUUCAGGGAUCGUCAUUCCCAUCGCCUUCUCACUUCUCCGGUUCGUCCCUUGGCCAGCACACCUCAUCUCAAAGUUCAACGCCGUUUUCAUAUACCCACCUGCGUUCGGGUCGCGCCACAGUGAAGCAACAUUUGGCUUCGCCCAUGUUCCCACCCGUGGUCAAGCUUUCUUCAUCACCUAUCUCAUCGUUAUCAACGUUGUCUUGUCAUCGGUGGGCUAUCGCUCUAUGCAACCAAAUAGCUGGUAUCCAGGUGAUGCUUCCAAGGAAAUCCUGACUUAUACUACGAAUCGCCUGGGCGUUCUGAGCUUUGCCAACGUUCCGCUCUUGAUCCUGUAUGCCGGCCGCAACAAUGUUCUCCUAUACCUAACCAACUGGUCGCAUGGAACAUUUCUGUUACUCCAUCGAUGGGUUGCGUUCCUCUGCACCUUGCAGGCCGUCUUGCACUCUGCAAUUUAUUUGCAAAUAUACGUUGCUUCCGGCGAACACUCAAGCGAGAGCCAACUUGGAUACUGGUAUUGGGGGGCCAUCGCUACCUUGGGCAUGUCCAUUCUGCUUCCGACAUCAGUGUUCCCGAUCAGGGCAAAGAUGUACGAGAUGUUCCUUGCCUGGCACAUUGCAUUGUCUGUUUUGAUUGUUGCGGGAUGCUACUUGCAUAUUCUCUACCGGUUCAACCAUCAGUGGGGCUACGAAGUGUGGAUCUUCGUUGCAAUGGCGGUUUGGGGCUUCGAUAGGGUUAUGAGAUUCGCUAGGAUAGCUCGAAAUGGUUGGAAGACUGCCACGAUCACUGUCAUUGACGACGACUACGUCCGAGUCGAUAUUGAAGGCGUGUGCGGCAACGGACAUGCUUACCUCUAUUUCCCAACUCUUACGUGGCGUGUCUGGGAAAACCAUCCAUUCUCCGUGGCCUCGACGGUUCUUCCAGCAACAGUUCAACGCAAUCACAGCACCAAAGUGUCCGCACCGAGCAUCGACGUGGAAAAGAACGGUAUGCACAAGUCCAUCGACUCAGCCGACCCCAGUUCGAUCGAAGCCAGCAGCGAAGAAAGUCUGCCCAUAAUUCAUACUAAAGUGGGAAUGACUUUCCUACUCCGCACAGGUAAUGGCUUGACGUCCCAAAUCCGUUCGCAUACCUCUCUGCCAGUUCUUGUCGAAGCACCAUAUGGUUCACACCCGGACCUGUCCGAACAUUCCUUGAUGAUCGGUAUCGCCGGAGGUGUUGGAAUUACGGCUGUUAUGCCCUACAUUCGUGCCCAUCCCGGACGAACUAAGCUUUUCUGGGGUGCGAGGACCUCUGGCAUUGUCGAGGCGACGAAGAGCACUCUGAAGGGUGUUGACAAGGAGUUGUUUGUUGGAGAGAGGAUGAAUGUGAUCGAGGUUUUGGAGCGAGAGCUGUCCGAUCCGACGGAGAAGGCCGUGGUAGUGGUUUGUGGACCUCCGACCUUGGCUGACGACGUGAGAAUGGCCGUGUCAAAGCUCGGAAGUGGCAAGGAACAAGUCUCGAUAACCUUGGUGGAUGAGGCGUUCAGCUGGUAG